GACGUCACAGCAAGCCGACUACGGCGCGCCAUUAGUGACUUAGAGCAGAAAGCGCGGAGUGAAGGAUUACGAGCGACAUCUCAGCACUCUUAUGAAAGAUCCAUGGAUCCUUUAAAUGAAGCCUGCUGAGUAUUCCCAGAGAAUGGACAGUGAAAUGGACAACCCAAAACUGAAAUUAAUAUCUGAAAAGGAGAUUUCAGAGGACAAGGGCCUACCUAAGAACAAGGCCAGUGAUACUGAUGCAGAAGAUGUUUCACAUAAAAGGGCCAAAGGAUUUAAUGAAUCAGGAAUUGGGUCUGUUGCAGAAGAAAGUGAACAUGCUGUUACAACUACAGCAGACGAACGCUCUGAUGAAUGUGGCUCUUCAUACAUAACUGAUGCUUUGAUUUGUUCACUUUGCAAUUUUGUAGCAAAAACUCAAACAGCACUGAAAAUUCAUUCAAAAAGGAAACACACUAAGCGACCAGGUUUACACAUCAACAAUGAGAAAAAUUCCUACACAACUGUGCCAGGGAUGAAUUCCAUGCAGAAGACAUCAGAAUUACAAGAAAUCAACAACCAAACACAACUCUCAGAAUCACAACUGAAACUUUUUUCAGAAGAACUGAACAAGGACAAAGAACCAAAUGAGUACACAGUUCAAACAGAGAGCAAACACAUGCAUCAUCCCUUUGGAGACCAGUCUGUCAUAUCAGAGAAGGUUGUCAGUACCUCUGAGGCUGAAAGAAGCAGUCCCACUCAGAUGUUGCUGGAAAUGGUAGAGCCCACCACAUUUAGACCCGAAAAGGAUGUUAAGGACUCAAACGAGACCCUUAAAGAUGGCAACAGUGCACAAGCAGGUUGCAGUUUUGAUUUGGAAAGUAAGGUGGAAAGUAAAGAAAAUGGUGGAUUGGAUGGACAUGAUGAGAACCUUAAGAGUCAAAGGCAUUCCAAGUCUAAAACUGCACAUGCAUGUUCUUACUGUGGACAUGAAUUCAGAGACAGACCCAGUCUGGACACGCACGUCAAGAGACGGCACACUAAAGAAAUGAACUACUUUUGUGACUUCUGCAGCUAUUCUUGUGUUGUAAAGUGCGAUUAUGAGAAGCACUGCUUGAGCAACAAGCACAAAAAAAAGAUGUCAGAGCAACAGCAGAUGAUGACGCCAGAAGAACUGGUUUCUCCACCACCUGCAACAAGGAUGCCGAAACGUUCAGCAGAUAGCAGGGCACAGCAUCAGUGCAGUACGUGCAGCUUCACGGCCAACAGUUCAGUAAUGUUGGCGCAACACGUCAAAAUGCACCAUCCGGCGGAGCACCGUUUCCACUGCAGGGCCUGCCACUACUACACCACCACGACAGAGGCCAUGGAGAUCCACUUGUCAGGAGAAGCCCACCAACAUGUGGCCAAAGAGAAGAACAUUAGCCCUCUGUUUAAAGACUGUGUUGAGAAGAUCCUUGUGAUUCUCUUGGGUGAUCAAAGAGAGGACGGGGAAAUGGAUGACAGUGACACUAAUGAGGAAGUUCAGGAAGCAGAAGAUGUUUCAGCUGUAGCAGAGUUAGCUGAGGCUGUAGGGAACAAACGGAAGCGAGGCAGACCAAAGACUUCUAACGUGACAGUUUGUAGUCAUUGUGGGCUCGUCGCUUCCAAUGCCACAAACCUUAGUGUGCAUAUACGACGCAGGCACAGUCGCCUCUACAGCUUUGUUUGCAAGUUGUGCAACUACUACUGCGUGACCAAAGGUGACAUGGACCGGCACUGUGAAACCAGAAAGCACAUCAACAAAAUGCAAGCAGCUGGAAGUGAAGGCACUGGGGUAGUUCUGCUAGAUGCCGAGCAGCCAGGUCAGUUGAAGGAAGAUGAGGCAGAACUGGGCGACAAAGUAGCAGAGAUCGAGACAACUAUUGAUGAUGUGGAUGAGAUUCCCCUAGCUGUACCUUGUAAGAAGAGCAAGUAUGACUUGAGUAACUCCUGUACUCAGUGUGACUUUGUUGCUCACUCAACGCCUUCUCUUGCUCUCCAUGUGCGACGUAAGCACACAAAAGACUUUGAGUUUGUUUGUCUAGCUUGCAGCUACUACACCGUCACCCGCAGAGAGAUGUUUCGGCAUGCAGCCACAGAGAAACACAAGCAGAAAUGUCAGAGCUAUCUGGAGAGACAGAACCAAAGCGUCAAAAAAGAUCAGUCUGAGUCCAUCUAUGAUGACCAGGAGACACUUGAAGGAUCAGAACAGGGCUGUGACGAUUCUGAUCCGACAUCUGAAACUGCCACAACUGAAGUCGCAAUGUGUUCGGCAAAUGGAGGUAAGGAGAACUGUACAAAUGAAGAAAGACCAGAACAAGCAUCCAACAAGAGCCAAGAAUCAUCAGCUAACCCAAUUGAGUCAGGUGUGUCUUAUGUUGUCCAGUCAGUGGCGACAGAGAAGGACACUGUGUUGGAGAAGAUGGAGGAGGAAAACAUGUCUGAUGAGGAUGAAAUGGCUGAUUUAAGAGGGGACAAUCUCUGUGUGGAGAAGCACUUUCUCGGAGCGAUAGCAUUUGAUGCGUGCAUCUUUCCGUUAAAAGCCUUAGCAGAGCACAAGCCACCACCAGCCAAUGAUCAUACUACAGGUGCAUCACCACAGCAGGACAUCAAAAAGCCUAAAUCAGGGUCAGAGACAAAGACCACCAUACCAAAUACACACGUCCGCUGUGAGGACUGUGGGUUUUUAGCAGAUGGCUCAAGCGGCCUUAAUGUCCAUAUCUCCAUGAAGCAUCCAUCCAAAGAGAAGCAUUUCCAUUGCCUGCUCUGCGGGAAGUCCUUCUACACUGAAAGUAACUUGCAGCAGCACUUGAGCAGUGCUGCGCAUGUGCGCAAUGAGCAGGGAAGCAUCGAAGAUCUUCCAGAAGGAGGCGCCAGCUUCAAAUGUGUCCGAUGCAAUGAGCCCUGCCAGACAGAGCAGGAACUGUUUGUUCACAUAAAAGAGAAGCAUGAGGAGCUGCUGAAAGAAGUGAACAAGUAUGUGCUGGAGGACACGGAGCAGAUCAAUCGAGAGCGCCAGGAGAACCAGGGCAGUGUGUGCAAAUACUGCGGUAAAGUCUGCAAGAGUAGCAACUCCAUGGCUUUCCUAGCUCAUGUUCGCACACACACAGGAUCCAAACCCUUUAUGUGCAAGAUCUGUAACUUUGCUACUGCUCAGCUGGGUGAUGCUCGUAACCACGUCAAGAGACAUCUGGGCAUGAGAGAGUACAAGUGUCACAUCUGCGGAUGGGCGUUUGUGAUGAAGAAACAUUUGAACACUCAUCUACUAGGGAAACACGGACUGGGCCAACCCAAAGAGAGGAAGUUUGAGUGUGAGUUGUGCGAGCGGAACUUUAGUGAGAAAUGGGCUCUAAAUAAUCACAUGAAGCUGCACACGGGAGAAAAACCCUACAAGUGCAGCUGGCCCUCCUGUCAUUACGCCUUCCUCACGCUUUCUGCAAUGAAAGACCAUCACAGAACACACACAGGAGAAAAGUCUUUCCUGUGUGAUCUUUGUGGGUUUGCUGGAGGCACUCGUCACGCCCUCACCAAACACCGGCGCCAGCACACAGGUGAACGGCCCUUCAAGUGUCAGAUGUGUAACUUUGCCUCCACCACACAGUCUCACUUGACACGUCACAAGCGUGUGCACACGGGCGAGAAGCCCUACCGCUGCCCCUGGUGUGAUUACAGAUCAAACUGUGCAGAGAACAUUCGUAAACACAUCCUGCACACGGGCAAACACGAGGGGGUGAAGAUGUAUAACUGCCCCAAGUGCAACUACGCCACCAAUGCUCCCAUGGACUUCAGAAACCAUCUGAAAGAGACACACACCGACAUCGAGAACCCAGACUUGGCCUACCUGCACGCUGGAAUUAUGUCCAAAUCAUUCGAGUGUCGUCUAAAAGGACAGGGCGCAGCAUUCGUGCAGUCAGAGGCGGCAUUUGCGCCUGACGAGAGUAAACUAACUUCAGAGGCCGUUCAGCAGGUCAUUAUCAUUCAGGGUUACGACGGGGAGGAGGUGGCCAUCAAUCACGCACUGGAAGAGUCGGCCGCUGCCACGCUACAGACCCUCGCCAUGUCCAGCCACUUGGCCGAAGUGCUGCACAUCACAGAGGACGGACAGCUGAUUGCAUCUGGCCGGGAGGUGUCUUCAGUCGAGGCCCAGCUGUCGGGGGGGCAGAUCCAGAUCCCUGGGACCUCCACUCGCUAUGUGCUGGUCGAGUCGUCCGGGGAGACGACGCUCGUGGAGCAGAGGACUGUAGAAGAAGCCAGACAGGAAGGGGUGGAGCCUGGCAACACUGUCUCUGAGUCCUCCUCGGCUCUCGAUGCAUUGCUUUGUGCUGUUACAGAGUUGGGCCAACAGAGCGGCACUACAGAAGGCGAGAUCACCACGGUGUCAGAACACUUGCCGGACGAGGAGUGUGGAGACGGGUCCUCCCAGACUGACUCACAGAAUGAAGGGCAGGUGUAUGAAGAGGGAGUGGAGUCAGUGGGCAUGGUCACUCAGAUUAUGGGUUCCCCUCAUGAGCACACAUCUGAGGAGAUGCAGGAGGUGUUGCAGUUUGCAGCCAGUCAGCUGAUGAUGAAGGAGGGGCUUACGCAGGUCAUCGUUAAUGAUGAGGGAACACAUUACAUUGUCACCCAGCUGGACGGCUCCACGCUGCAGGUAGAGGGUGCUGUCGAGGAGCCAACCACAGAGGAGACAAUAGUGUACUCCCAAAUCAGUCCAGAGUGACAAAGAGAGAGAGACGAGAUGCUUUUGAGGUUUAUUUGUGUCUCUCUGUCCUUGUAAAACUCAGUCACUUCCUGUGACAUCACACACACAAGCGAGCUCAUUGGGAUGGUUUGCUUUUGCUGCAAACAUACUUUUUUAUAUCAGUACAUUUGUCUUGUUUUCCAGUAAAAAUAUUUAAACAAGAGAAGUUGCAUAUUAAGAUAUUAAUAAUAUUUCAGAGUUUAGAAUUUUAUAUUUCAUAUUAUAUAUCUUGAAUUAAGUUUAUUUUUCUUACCCCACUGGCAAAGUUUGCAUUGUUUUAAUCAUAAAUGUAACUUAAUUUAGCUUAGGCUUAGUUAAACUUAGGCUUAGUAAGCUUUAAAAAUACCAGUUGGGUAAGAAAGAUAAAAUUCAAGAUACAUUCUCUGAAAAUAAGUCUUACCUUACAGAAUUGUUCUUCUCAAGUAAAUUAUUUAAAAAAAAAAAAAAUCUUAUUUUACAGAUGUUUAGAUAUGUUUACUGGAAAACAAGACAAAUGUACUGAAUAAGAAAAUAAUUUUGGCUGUGUUGGUGCUAAAAACAUUCAACAUACAACAGCCACAUGCUUGUGACAUGAACCUCCCUUUAGUGCUGAUUUGUCUUUUUCAGCUUUGAUUUAUUUGUAGAAAUGCAGCAUAUAGUUUUCUGAUGCCACUAAAGAUGUUCACAUUGGAACAACUAAAAACUUAUUUAAAGAUUUAUAGCAUUUUAAGGAUAUGAUCUGUAGAUGCUUAGAUGUUCAACAUACACCUUCUGCUUGAUUCCCUUAUAUAUGAUUGAUGAUAUUUCAUUUGUGAAAUACAUUUUCUUGUGCUACAUGUGAAUUGAGAGCUCAAGACAAUUUUAAACAAUGUUCACACAACCUUGAAGAUCCUUUCGCACUCAAACUGUUUAGUGAAAAAAAAAAUCAAUUUAAGGUUGAAAUAUAACAUUAUUUAAAACCUACUUGAGAAAAAAAAAAUAGAUUUACAGAAUGUGUUUGAAUGUACUUCUGAAUUUACCUCCUAUUAAAUGUACAAUUGAACAGUUUUCAUUUGAGAGUUUGACUGCAGCUGGAGGGUUUUGGGUUGUUUUUUGUUUGUGAAUUGUUUCUUAUCCUGUUCAUCGUCAUUUCUAAUUAAAGAACAUGAUCGGUUUAUUAA